AUGUCUUUUCAAUAUCCAUUAGUUGAUGAGAAUAUUGUACAAAAAUAUCAUAUCAAACAAUUAAUUUAUAAAGACUCUACAACACAAGUAUAUCAGGCUGUUCAAAUUAUCAAUCCAAUCAAAAGAAUUGCAAGACUAAUUGCAUUAAAAAUAAUAAAAAUUAAUCCAAAUGAAAUACAAAAAAAUAAAAGAAUGGAAGUGUAUUGUAAACUUAUGGAAACUGUAGAAAAUUCACAUGUAAUAAAAUAUUAUUCAUCAUUUUAUACAAACAUAAAUGGUCAUUUAGAAUAUUGGAUUUCAAUGGAAUAUUGUAAUUUCUUUUCAUUAGAUAAAUAUUGGCAAGGUAAUCAAAUACAACAAGAAGAUCAAAAGAAAUUUUUUAUUUCUGACAUUGCUGUUGGUUUAGAUUAUAUUUAUCGACGGCUUAAUCAUCAACACCUAUAUCUAUGUCCUUCAAAUAUUUUAAUAUCAAGAGAUCCUGCUUCUAUUUUUCCAAAAGUAAAAUUAUCAAAUUUUGCAUUAUGUGAUCAAAUAGAAAAUUCAAUAAUACCAGAAAUAGAAUUAUAUGAUAUUAAUUAUGCUGCUCCUGAAUAUUUUAAUUAUUAUACUCAUUCUAAAUCAGACGUAUGGUCAUUUGGGGUAUUAAUUUUUAAAUUAUUAACUGGGUUUUGUCCAUUUGAGUUAAUUCAAAUUGAUCCAUUCACUGCUAUUCAAGUACAGGCAUGUGUUAAUUUUAGUUUAUAUAUUAAUGAUAAUGAUGCUGUUGACUUAUUAUCUAAAAUGCUAAAAUAUGAUCCUGAUGAAAGAAUAUCUAUUCAAGAAGUACUUAAUCAUCCUUAUAUAGUAACAUGUAUGAAUCAUAAGUAUGGAACCCAAGGAAAAAGAGAAAAUUAUAGAGCACUUCGUCCAUUAGAUCAUGGUCAAUAUGGUCAAGUCUUUUUAGCAGAAAAUUCUGAUCAUACACAAUUUGCUAUUAAAGAGAUUUCAAAAAAAAUAGAGUCAUUACAAAGAGAAGCAACAUGUAUGAGAUUAUGUAAACAUCCUAAUUUAGUAGAAUAUAAAGAUUAUUUUGAAUGGAAUCACUCAAUGAUUGAACAAUUACGAGGUGGUAGAGACAUUGAAGGAAAGUAUGUUUAUUUAGUUAUGGAAUAUUGUGAUGCUGGCAACCUUGAAAUUUAUAUGAAAAAUAAACCAACUCCUUUAAGUAAUAAUGAAAUUAUGUAUUUUCUUGGAGAAAUAUGUAAUGGCUUAUGGUAUCUCCAUUUCACUAAAAAAUUAAUUCAUAGAGACCUUAAACCAGCUAAUUUAUUAUUACAAUCAACGUCAGGUCCUUUGCCAAGAGUAAAAAUAGCUGACUAUGGGUUUUCUAGAGGAAUUAAUGACUUAAUGGCAACUAUAGUUGGAACACCAAUUUAUGAAGCACCAGAAAUCAUUAAACAAAAACCAUAUACAGCAAAAUCUGAUUUAUAUAGUCUUGGUGUUAUUUUAUAUCAAAUGGCAACAAAAGAAUUUCCUUUUACUGAUAAUUUUGAAGUAUUUCAAAAUUCAAUGAUGAAUGAAUUACCUGUAGAAUUUAGAGAGGAUGUAGUUAUUGAUGAACAACUAAAAGAUCUGAUCCUUCAUUUAAUUACUCACCAUGAAUAUCAAAGACUAUCAUGGAGUGAAUUUUUUGCACAUCCGUAUGUACAACGUGCUUGUGAAGUAUCUUCACACCAACCAAGAAUGGAAGAAGUAAGUGAUUUCCAAGAAUUUUAA